AUGGCGGCCAGAGGCACUCAUAAGCAUGCGGGGGGCAAUAGCAAGCAUAAAGUCAGCGCGAGCAGCAGCAAUCUCCAGCUUAGCCACGAUCCCAGAAGCUUUCUGUUUGUGAUCAACGAACUCACUUUACACGAUGACGACCGUCUCCAUAGAGGAGACGACUGGUACAACCGCGUGCCGCCCUCUGAGCCCCGGUGCUUUGACCGCGAGAUUACGGGCACCGUCAUGAGAUAUCACAACGGGCAAGUUACGGAGGCUCGCGGCUACCAGUGGCUUCGAGGGGAUUUCGACAUCACUCGCAAUGCUUGGCCUACUGGUUAUCUGUACAGAUACGACUCUGCCGAUUCGCCGAUGCUGACAGUUGACGGGAACUUUCAAUGUGCGAGUGUGUACAAGCAGCUCGCAGUCUUUUCCUGCAACCCCCUACUCCCGAUUGCCGUCCUCAUCGGGGACCCUCUGUCCGCCAGCUCACUUGCCCGAGUCCCCUUGCUUUUCCAUCAUCCUGAUCAUCAGCCGGGUGUGUCGCAUGCAGUCCAUCCGGACAGCCGGCUGAGGGGAGGCGGAGUCAUGUGCAAGUUCGUCGCGGGAGCAAGUCCUAGCUGGAUGCCAAGCUUGGUGCCCAAGACGUACCGUAAUCCGUACGAGCCGGGUCCGUCGCGUGGACUCUCGGGAGAGCUUCCCAUUAUACUUGGCCUAAUGGCAUUCAGCGAGGCCAGGUCCGAAGGAGAGGAUAUAGCAAGGCGUAUAUUCCUUGAGGACAAUCGUUGGCGCAACGGAGAGUGGCGUCAUGCUGCAACUCCCAAGGGAUAUGCCCGUUCUGCACUGGAGAAUCCGCUCGGCUUCCUCAUCACGGUUUUCUAUGAUCCGGAAAACGAAGAGUAUUCGAACGAAGAGCGCCUUGAUGACAUGGAAUUUGGGGACGUGAUUGUUCGAGAUAGCAGGCGCUAG